AUGGAAUCAGAGGAACCGGCCACUGUGGAUGUCGACACGAAGGAGGUUCGUGUUGACGCUCCUGCUGCUGUCGUCUCGUCGGCGGGAGGGUCGGUGAAUGUUCCGGCGCCUUCUGCAGUGAUCUCGCAGCAGAAUGAAGAGGAACUCCGAUGGACCAACCAGCUUCAGGCCCUGGCGGACAUGGGGUUUACCGACAAGACACGCAACGUGGCUCUGCUAUCGCAGCACAAGGGCGACAUGGACGCUGUAAUUACGGGACUUCUAAGCUCCAUCUAA